UUUUUCUAGUGUUUGAAUGAGAAAAUUGAGUACAACAUUAACAUCCGGUGACGUGUUCGUGCUCUUUGACAAUGCACAGACACAUUGUGCUGGCAUGUAAAUGGGUGUCGGAGAGAACGCAAAAGUGUUACAUUUGUGUAAAUGUUAUAACUCAAUUCAACAAUCGCUAGAAUAAUCUACUUGUCGAGCUAAUUGCCUUUACUGAAUGUAUGUCUUACUAGGUGUGUAUGUAUGACGCAACAGGGUUUGAACCGAUGUCGAUGCCAGAUCUGACUGCUAACGUCUGACUGACGUCUCAAAACAAAUGUGGAUGUUGAUUUGCUGCUUCUGUACCACAACUCUGCCGCAUAGUUACGAUUGUUGAAUUGCGUGUGGGCAUUCCUUGUCAAGUUACAUCUUUUUGGCGACGAGAAUAAAACUGGAUCAGCAUGUACAGGGCGAUGUGCUAGCUAGCUAAGAAACAAUGGAGGUAGUCAGUUAGCUAGCUAGCUUAAUGAGCGACGGUGAGCAGCCGCCACUGGAGGGCAACGCCGACAACCAGCAGCACAUGGAAAUCGCUAAUGAUGAUCAUAGACAAGUUGGCGUAAUAAUGGCAACAUUGGGACUAUCACUGAGUUUGUGAACGACAACGAGGACUUGACGGAAUAUGUGGAAAGGUUGGGACACUUUCUUGGCACUUUUUCUUUGGGGCUAUGUUAGAGGACAUGCUCCGUGACAGAUUAGUCUGUGGCAUUAUUGAGGACAGCAUAUAGUGCCGCUUGCUGGGGGAAGUCACACUGACUUUCAAGAGAGCAUUGGAACUAUCUCAAGGGAUGGAGAUGGCCACUAGUCAUGUAAAAAAUAUUCAAAAGGCCAACAGUGUAAGUUGUGCAGUGCAUCAGGUGACAAAAGAGAUGGCAGGAAAAAGAGGAAAAGCAGUGGAAUGUUUCAGAUGUGGGGGAACACAUUAUGCAAACAAAUUUAAGUUCAAGCAUACUGUCUGUCACAAUUGCAACAAAAAGGGACAUUAAGCAAAAAAAAAAUGCAGGGGUCCUAGGAGCAAGCCAGAAGGUGGGCAGGCUGGGCAAGGCAAGUUCACAGCAAUGAAGCCACAGUCAACACGCACAAAGGCUUGUUCAGGUACAACCGCGUGGUUUUCGGAUUGGCAUCCAGACCAGCCAUUUUCCAGAGGACAAUGGACAAUCUGCUGCAGGGGAUCCCUCAUGUACCAGUGUACCUGGACAACAUCCUGGUUACAGAGGAGGAGCACCUCCACCAUCUGUGUUAGAGAGAUUCUCCAGUCAGGGCUGCACCUGAAGCGUAGCAAGUGCACAUUCCAAGCACAGAGUGUGACAUACCUAGGUCACACUAUCACAGUGCAGGGUCUGUGUCCUGUGGAGGACAAAGUCAGGGCAAUCAAGGAUGCUCCAAAUCCCAAGAACGUGUCUGAGCUCAGGUCGUUCCUGGGCAUGUUGAACUACUAUGGUAAGUUCCUCCCGGAGCUGUCAGUGUUGACUCCACUUUAUCAGCUGCUCCACAAAGACUGUAAAUGGAAGUGGGGGCCAGCUCAAGAGAAAGCUUGCAAGGAAGUGAAAGCACUACUACAAUCAGCACAACUGAGAAACCCAUUUGAUUCGCCACGCACGCUGACGAGUGCUGAGAAGGGUUAUUCACAGUUAGACAAGGAAGGUCUGGCCAUAGUUUGCUGUGAAACGCUUCCAUCAGUACCUCUGCCGUCGUCAUUUCACCAUAUGCACUGACCACCAACCACUGAUGAGCCUUUUCAGUGAAUCAAGAUGCAUUCCUCCCAUGGCUUCAGCAAGGAUACAGCGCUGGGCCAUCACACUGUCAGCUUACCAGUACACUGUCGUGUACAGAGUGAGGAAGGACAAUGCAAACGCAGAUGCGUUCAGACACCCGCUACCAGAGAUGCCCACCACAACUGUGGUGCCUUCCGAGACAAUUUUCCUAAUGGAGAGAUUGUCAAACUCACCUGUAAAUUCCAAACAGAUCAAACAAUGGACAGACCGGGAUCCUAUCCUGGCACAAGUGCAAAGAUUCCUUAUGCAAGGCUGGCCUCCUGUAAUAUAGGAUGAUGGACUGAGACCUUAUGCCAAGUGCAAAACUGAGCUGAGUGUGCAGGAUGACUGCAUACACUGGGGGUACAGAGUGGUUGUUCCACCCCCUGGCCGUUCACAAGUCAUGGAUGAGGUCCAUGAGGCUCACCCGGGUGCCUCCCGGAUGAAAGGUUUAGCCAGAUCUUACAUUUGGUGGCCUAACAUGGAUUAGGAAAUAGAAAAAAAAGUAAAAUCAUGUUCUGAGUGCCAGAUCAACCCUUUAGAUGGCGCCACUACAUCUGUGUGAGUGGCCUGAUUGCCCAUGGUCCAGGCUGAAAAUAGACUUUGCAGGCACUUUUGUGGGCCACAUGUUCCUUGUCAUGGUAGACGCGCAUUCCAAGUGGCUGGAGGCUCACAUCAUGAGCAACAUCACAGCGACCACAACCAUCGAAAAGCUUCGGCAGGCGUUUGUAACCUAUGGUCUGCUUGACUCUCGUGUCCGACAACGCCACCUUUACCUGUGAUUUGUUCCAAGAAUUCAUGCGGAAAAACAGGAGUCGCCAUGUCCGAGUGCGCCGUUUCAUCCGGCCUCAAGCAGCUUAGAGGAGAGGAGCAGGCUGUGCAGACACUGAAAGAGGGGCUCAAAAAGAUGACUGGGGGAACCAUUACAACUAAGCUCUCUCCGUUCCAGUACCACAUCAUACCACAAACAACAACAGGACAGGCUCCAGCUGAGAUAUUGAUGGGCAGAAAGCCAAAAGCUCACCUGGAUGUACUAUGUCCGGAGAUCAAAGCACGAGUGGAAUGGAAGCAGGAGAAACAAAAAGAAAGACAUGACCACCUCGUGAGGGAGAGACAGUUAAAACCCAAUGACACAGUCUACAUCCACAACUUCACAAGCAGCCAACAUUGGUUGCCAAGUACCAUUCUGAGUCAGAGUGGCCCAGUCUCCUUUGUGGUCAAACUGACUGAUGGUCGAUUCAUGCGCAGACACCAGGAUCACGUUCACCUGCGCUAUGACAAAGAAAAUGCCAUGUUUUCAGACGGAACAGCUACAGGUGGUAGUAUACAAGUGGAAACCCCACAGGAAACAGUUCAUGAGGAACAGGGGCAUUCAGUGGUUCUUGCAGAGGGUAAUGGACUUCCUCUUACAAACACCUAACCAGCUCCCGUGGCCUCAGACCCAGCUCCACUGGGACACGGCUUACCCGUGUGUUGUUGCACACCAGGAGUACAGCGCAGAUCACAGCGUAGUCACGAGCCUCAUGAAAGACUAACUCUGUAGUUGAGACGAAGAGGCUUGUGGUGUUAGUGUUUGUUUGGAACAGCAGACUUAGUGGAAAAUAAAUAAGGACUGUCAUUUUUUGUUUGUUUACAUUUACAGUAACACUAGCAGACGUUCUAAAAUGUUGAAAAGAAAACACUGAUGUGGUUUACUUGUUAAUCAUAUGUUAUUUUCUCACAGGGGGAUUGAAAUUAAGGUGGGAGAAGUGUUAUAGUGUGGACAUUAUAUAAAUAAUUACAUUGAAUAUGUUAUUGUACUUACCUGCAAUAUAGUAUGAUUACUAUUCAUGUGUUCAUGGUUAUUAUUGGCAUUGGCCUUGACAUCAUCAAAUGGGAAACGUCAUCACCCAGAGUUGUACCUGUUCAAUGCGAUGGUUGAGUGGGCUGUAUCACUUUGCUGUGUUUGUGCAUGGCUGUACACCUUUAAUUAGGUUGAAAGUAAUAUUGAAUUGCGUGUGGGCAUUCCUUAUCAAGUUACUGCACACUGUAAACACAUAAACCAACUCAAGCUAUGUAAAUGGUAUGCUACGAUUGGAGAAGAACACCCCUUCUUGUGUCCACGCCUUCUGGUGCAGUCAAUGUACGGGUGAACUUCUGUGUUCUAAUACAGUGCGCUGUCAACGACAAGAUGGCAGUGAGUGAGUCUAUGAAGGGUCUUCUACUCUACCUCUGCAUCUGUAGUCAUGUUUCUACUGUGGAAGCGUGGGAACUCACCUUGCUUCACACCAACGACGUCCACGCAAGGGUUGAGGAGACGAGCAACAGUUACGGCAAAUGCACCAAGCCUCCGUGUUUUGCCGGUGUGGCAAGGAGGUUUACGAAAAUACAGGAGAUCCGGAGCCGGGAGAAGAACGUGAUGCUGCUGGACGCAGGCGACCAAUUUCAGGGAACCGUUUGGUUUAAUGUAUAUAAGGGAGCCGAGGCUGCCUAUUUUAUGAAUAAACUUGGCUACGAUGCGAUGGCUCUGGGGAAUCAUGAGUUUGACAAUAACGUGGAGGGACUUAUCAAGCCAUUUCUCCAGGAGGUGAAGUGCACAGUCCUCAGUGCUAACAUCAAAGCAGAUGACACACUUGCCCCACACAUCAGCGGGCUUUAUUUCCCAUAUAAGAUAUUUGAUGUUGGCUCUCAGAAAGUGGGCGUGGUUGGAUACACUUCAAAGGAAACACCUGCCCUGUCACAAACGGGACCUAACUUAGUGUUUGAGGAUGAGAUUGAUGCCCUUCAGCCCCAGGUUGACAAACUCAUCACCCUGGGGGUCAACAAGAUCAUCGCCCUUGGUCACUCUGGCUUCGUUACGGACAAAGAAAUAGCCAGAAGGGUGAAGGGCGUGGAUGUGGUCAUUGGAGGACACAGCAACACAUUUCUGUACAACGGAGAGAAACCUUCCUCUGAGGUUCCGGCAGGUCCUUACCCCGUCAUGGUGAAAUCAGAGGAUGGGCGGGACGUCCCUGUGGUGCAGGCCUUUGCUUUUGGGAAAUAUCUGGGUUACCUCAAGGUGACAUUUGAUGAGGCUGGCAAUGUGGUCCAGUCCACAGGCAACCCCAUCCUGCUGGACAGCUCUGUACCAGAGGACCCCAGUAUUCUUGCUGAUGUAAACAAGUGGAAAAAGGCCCUGGCAAAUUACUCCUCCCAGUAUGUGGGGGAGACCCUGGUGUAUCUCAAUGGAACGUUUGAAGAGUGCAGGUUCCGAGAGUGCAACCUGGGAAACCUAAUCUGCGACGCUAUGGUACACCACAACAUUAAAUAUGCAGAUGAGCUUCAGUGGAACCAUGUCAGCUCCUGCAUCGUCCAAGGGGGAUCAAUACGGUCAUCCAUAGAUGAACGCAGCCGAAAUGGUUCCAUCACGAUGGAAGACCUGAUUGCUGUGUUGCCGUUUGGAGGCACCUAUGAUCUGGUGCAGCUGAAGGGCUCCACUCUGAGGAAAGCUUUUGAGCACUCUGUCAGGAGAUAUGGAGGGAACACAGGGGAAUUCCUUCAAGUAUCAGGAUUCCAUGUAGAGUAUGAUAUGUCAAGGCCCCCAGGGGAGCGUGCCAGGAGUAUCAGUGUGCUCUGUACAAACUGCCGGGUGCCCGUCUAUGAGCCACUGGACAACAGCAGACUAUACAAGGUGGUCCUGCCCUCCUACUUGGUGGAAGGAGGAGACGGAUUCUCCAUGAUCAAAGAGGAGAAGCUGAAACACGACAGUGGUGACAUGGACAUUUCGGUGGUGGCCAGCUACAUUACUGAGAGGAAGAAGGUGCACCCAGCUGUAGAAGGACGUAUCAAGAUUUCCAACUCAAAUUCAGGAGGAUCUGGACACACAAUUCUGUUAAUCCUCAUAGGGCUGGUGAUGGCUCUGUCUAGGAGCCUAUGAGAUCCCUGCCUGCAACGCUAGCUCGCCAUUGGACGUGUUCUGCUCAGCAUCCAAGGGAAGAGCUCAACUCUAGUUAGUCUAGUGAGAGUACAAAUUAAGGACAUUGGUGAAAUAUCCAUUAACAAGGCGCUUAGAUAUUUCUAUAUAAAUACUGCAGCUUGAUAUGCACUGUCAAUGACACACUGGACUUCUCUAGACAGGUUUUGCUUUGUCAAGUCUCAUGUACAGUAACUGCUGUCAAGCUCUUGCUCAGAAAUUCUGUUUAUAUAAUAGUACCAACAUAAGAAAACUUCAACAGAGCUGGAAACAGAUGCCCACUGGCUGUUUUAAUGUGUGCAAAGUAUGCUUGCUUAACCAGCAUUAGUUUAUGGGAGAAGAUAUACAAUGAGCUCUGUUUUUUAAGCUCUUUGGGACCAGAGAGGUAUCUAGAAAGGAGAUAAAUUAGUUGGUCAACCAUUUGUAAAUAUUUAUAGAAUUCUUUAUUAUGGUCAUGAACGCUAUACUGUUUUUUUUAUAGGAUGGUAUAAAUUCUGAUUAGGACUUUCCUAAAGUUGGUUAGCUUGUUUCAAAUCCCUGUUAAUUCUAAAGAAAUACAUUGAACCAGAGGUCAUAAAUUGAGUUUCUCAGUUUUAAUUU